AGGUGGCGCAAGCAAGAAUAUGUCGAAGAAGGACGCAGAGGAUACGCAGUACUCUGAGGCCACUUCGCAGGCUUUGCAUCGACCACCAGGUGAAGGACAAUCAAAAGCAGCUCGUCGCAGACAGAGAGACAAAGCAAAGAUUCAGAGUCUCCAGAAGGAUCCGGGAGCGGAAAAGUUCUCGGAAGCCCCAUGGAGGAAGACAGCAGGUGCCGGUCCGCAAGCAAGCCAACCUGACAACACCCAUCCGCGACGUGCAGGUCGAGAGGUGCAGUGGGUGCUUGCUCAGAGCCGUGCCCCCAGGGAAGGUCUCAUUGUUGUCAGUACUGCCUUGGUCCCCAUCCGAAUUCCCAGUGCCCGAAAGCCAAAUUUGCAAGAAGCUCAAAGUGAAUUCAGGGCUGAUGUCGAGAGGAUGAGGCCUUUUCAGUUCGGUGAAUUUUUCGCUGGAUAUGCAGGUUUCUCAGCUACAAUGGAAGAGCUGGGUGGUGAGGCAGUCAGGGUGUCGCGACCCUUGGAUGGUUUUGAGGGUUGGGAUAUUUUGACCGAUGAUGGACUGCAGCAGGGGCUGGAUUUGUGCGACAGGCUAGAUCACGGACACAUGGCGCCUCCAUGCCGGACGUACACACGUGCAAGAAGGUCGGAUGAGCACGGAGUCGUCAAAGUCUUGAGGUCAGACACCAAACCAGAAGGCUGGGGCGAUCCCGAAGCAGAAGAAGCAAACAAGAUUGUGGCUCGGAUGAUUCUGUUGGUUUUGAGGCUGACGGAAAGAGGGAGCACUUGGUCGAUUGAGAAUCCUUGGGACUCCUUUAUUUGGAUGCUCAAGUGUAUGGCCAGGCUCUUUCGCAUCCCAGGAGCUGAGCUUGUAUUGCUGCAUCAGUGUCCGUACGGGGCUGUUACUCAGAAAGCAACGGGCAUCCUCACAACAAGCAGCUGGAUGAAGAAGGUAUGCGCUUUGUGUCAUGAAGUCGGAGCGCAUUACCAUUUGAAAGGAGGCUUGGUGGGGAUGACCUGGUCUUAUCUUGAGGACAAGUUUGUUUGGCGCACAUCACUUGCUGCAGAAUACCCAUGUGGCCUUACAGUUGCGUGGACAAGAGCGUUGCUUGAGUGGCUGGAUACAGAAGAAGGGUACACAUGGAUGCAAGCCAGAAGCUAUGUGAAACUAGGCAGGUGGAAGAAUACACUUGCACUGGCGGGGACUUUGCCACAGAAGAGAAAGACAACGGGUCCCUCCCGGAUUGAGACCAUCGCUGAACGAAGAGAGAGAGAAAACGUUGAAGCGUGGGGAGGUUUGCGCUUUGCCAAGCGAGCGGUUGCACGGUCUUCUUUGCUGAGAAAUGUGGGGCUUAGGAUUAGAGCAGUGAUGGACGACUGGAUGACAGCAGAGCUUGUACAGGAGGUUCAACAGAAGCUUGAGGCUGGCAUUUCAGAGCAACACAUUGAUCAGUUGAAGAUCAGGCUAUGCAAAGAGUUUGGCGUUCAACCCAGUCAGCAGGGAUGGCCGGUGGAGUUGUGGCAAGCUUUGUUGGCAGCCGCCGAUGAUCCUGAAAAGGAGGUGUUACCAGAAUGGAUGACCACGGGCUUCCCCUUAGGCAUUGCUAGCGAGAUCAAACAAGAUGGCACAGUCAAAUCAAGGCUCAUCUUCGACGGCCGCAGGUCCGGGGUCAAUGGCAUGAUCAAGUGCCGUGAGAGGGUGACAUUGCCAAGGAUUUCAGAUGUUGCCACAGGGUUCUUGCAAUUGGUUUCAAACAAUCAAGGAUGGUUCCCAGACAGCUACAUUGAGUUGAUGGCCUUAGACUUCAAAGACGCGUUCAACAUGUUGCAGUUGCGAGCAGACGAACGUUGCUACGUGGUCAUCAAAGGCCAAGACGACGAAGAGGGCUGGUCAAGGUACUACGUUUGCAACUGCGUAGUGUUUGGGCUGGCUACAGGGCCAUUGUUGUGGUCACGAGUGGCAGCAGCAGCAAUGCGUCUGGGUCAAGCAGUGCUCAAAAGCCAUGAGACUGACAUCAACUGCUACAUUGACGAUCCCUUGAUUGUUUCAGUGGCCAGUUCCCCACAGCAGCAUACACGACACUUGCUUUACUACACAGGGCUUUGGUUGAGUCUGGGCUUGGAAGUGUCGUGGAAGAAGGUCCAUAGAGGCCAAGAGUUGCAGUGGAUAGGCUUCAAACUCAGCGUCUGUGGCCCGGAUAGCUUGGACCUUCACGUGGAACUGGCUGAUGCCAAGCGAGAUAAGUUGUUGCAAGUGUUUGACCAGCUGGAACAAUCCCGAGGCAUGAUGCCGCUGCAGCUACUACAGUAUGCAGUGGGAGUGUUAGGCUGGUUGUCUUCAGCCAUACCUGCCGCGAGACCAUGGUUGGCUAUCCUGUGGUCAGUUAUCACAGGAUAUAGAGAGCCUGUGAAGUCAACAACACGGAGAAGAAAAGGGCGCAUUUUCGUCAAGCAGGUUGAAAAUGCAGUCCGGUGGCUGAAGGGAUUGCUACACCUGUCGGAGGGAAAAGUGGGCUUGAGCAAGAUUCAUCGCUGGCGGCCGUAUGCAUCGGAAUACGAGCUGUUGGCAGUCGUUGUCGGCUUGCGUAGCUGCGCACAGAUUAUAGCAGACCUGGGAGCAACGAGAGUGAUCCUUAAAGGGGAUAACACUGCAACCCUAAAUGCUGCAAUGAAUCAUCGUGCGUCAAGCCCGCUGAUGGCGCAGUUGACUGCGGAGCUGGUGUUGGAAAUGGAGGCACAGGGACUUCAUGCCAUAGUGGCACAACAUUUGCCCGGUUUGCUGAAUACACUGCCUGACAAAUUGAGUCGUCCACACACGGAGGCGAUUCCGUUGGAGCUCAACAACAUCCUUCGUUUGGAUGUACCUAGAAGGUCCCAGCACUUUUACCGGACUUGGCCAAACAAGCCAAAUGCCUGGCGGGGAUGGGCGGCUGAUCCGGUGAAAGAGAAGGAAGAGCCCCCUGCAGUGGCGGAGGUUGGUGAAGCUGACCCUGAUGUGCCACCAGGAUUUCAUAGGAGUGGAUUGCGGCUGACCUUGCAUAGCGGAGAGACUUUGACAAAGGCCAGAUUGGACGCACCUUGGCUCCCUGACCAGACUCAAGGCAAGCAGAAUCGCAGGCAGUCCAAGUUGGCGAUACAAAUUGCUGGUGAUGAGCAAAUGCGGCAGGAAGCAAUGGCUGCCUAUGAUGCACUUGUUUAUGCAACAGGGUCCACGCAAGCCAAGGAUGCGUUGUAUACCACUUGGGUGAACAUCAGCAAAGCAAAACACGAAGAACCUCUCCCGCUGACAACCGCCAAGAUUCGGGAAAAUGCUGCCAUCCUGCGCAGUGCGGGCUAUCGUGCUGUGAAGAGCUAUGUCUACGAAGCCAAGGAUAGACAUUCCAGAGCAGGCUAUCCGUGGUCAGCGGCUCUGCAGAUUGCCUUGCAGGAUGCAAAGCGGAUGGCGCAAAGAGCUAUCGGCCAAGUUGAACGAGCUGGAGAAGUCAAAUUAGAAGUUUGGGCAAUGCUCAUCACAAAGUUUGGCAAGCAUCCAUACCCAAACGAAGCGGCGCAAGGGGCACCCAACGCGGGCGCUCUUACAUGGAUUCUGGGCACUAAGUUUCUGCUGCGGGAGGUCGAGUUGGCUUCGCUCACCUUAGACACGAAGUGUGUGCAGCUGGAUCUGGGCUCGAAAGUGGCAACGUUAAGACUGCCAGUCAGCAAAACAGAUGUUGCUGGGAGGGGUGCUGCUCGGGCCUUUGGGUGUUAUUGUCAGACUACGGGUGAUGUGUGUUGCCCGUUUCACGUGUUGGUUGAAAUAGUGAACAAUCAAUGUCAAAGGCUGCGAGUUCAUGAUCGGAGUGUGUUGCCAGAAGGUGCGAUUCCUCUCAUAGGUCAAAUAGCCGACGCUGGGCUUUACGUUGACAAGAAGGAAAUGAUCUGCGAGGCCCAGAGGAUGGUAAAAUUGGCCAACGGGACAUGUCCUGAGUCCAGCAUUGCGGUGGAGACCAUCACUGGGCAUUUUAUGCGACGUUCUGGUGUGAAGGAUAUGGCUAGAAGAGGUUGCGCUUUUACCACCAUUCAAUGGUAUGCUCGACACAGUAGCAAAGCUACAUGGGACUACAUUGAAGAAGCCUGGGGAGACACUCCGGAACAAGCCUUGAAGCUCAAGAGCGAAGUUGAAUUUUCAGAGGCAUUGGCAAACACCUUGAGACGUGUAGAUUGCCUGGAAGAAGCGAUCAAAGUGCAGACCAAUUCGUUGGAAGAAGCUCUGCAUCAUGAUGGCUUUAAUGUUGAAUGUGAAGAGACGAAGAAAGAGAUGAGGAAAGAAGCUCGAAGAGCAUU